AUGGCGCAGCAGUCGAUAGACAGGCUUUGGUCGGAGGUGCAGCGUACUGAGCAGCAGAUUGGGGAGCAGCAGAAGAAGAUAGAAAAGGCCAUUGAGGACGAGAAGCCCCAGAAACUUAUAGACAGCUACACAGAGGAGAAGGCUCGGCUAGUUGCAUAUGAGAAGGAUUUGCGCCAGGCCUGGGAGCGGAUGGCCCUGCAGACGCAGCUGAUUACCCCAGUAGGCGAUCCAAGCAAGGUUGUGGCUGAUCUUGUGGGUCCGCUGCCCUCUGGUUGGCCGCUAGGAGGCUUGGUGGGCUUAAUCACAGAGAAGGUUCCCCGCAAGCUGCCUGUUGCGCCCUGGCUGUAUGCGGCACUGAUCGAUGAGGAUGCAAGCGUGUGGCAGGACAAGAUCGUCCCACUUGAUGGAAAACUGGCCGCAUGUGUGACUGACCGUGUGGUCAAUGCGCAGUCAACAGACGGCAACGAGCAGCUCACAAUCAGUGGUGGAUCAGAACGCCUCAUUGGUCACUUCAUGCAACGGCUGGCCGAAGCGGCGGGCGAUGGCUACCAGCUCAGCUAUCAAACGCAUCGGGAUGCAACAGUAUCAUUUUCACGCUCAGCAGCAUCUGCGGUCGAGGCAGGCACUCGACCUGACUGCAGCAUCAUUGUGGCGCUUCGGCAUGCGGUCACAGGGCAAGACGAGAAGCAAGGCGACUUCAACUCUGCCUAUGAUGACAUUGUGAAAAAGGCUGCGGUCUGCAAUGUUCGGCACUACGCCCCUGUAGAUGGCACGCUGGCGUAUGCUGCGGCUGGCAACUACCUCCAGUUUUUCUGUCUGAAUCUGAAUGGCGAGGUCACAUAUGAAACCCAGCAGUUUGACAUCAGCAAUCCCGUGCAUCGCGCGGAGGUGUUGUUGUGUGUUGCUGCCAUGUUCCGGGCUUUGCUUGUGAUGGGCAAGUGCUGGCACGCAAACCCAAUCAAGGCAGAGGACGCGGAGAAUGUUCCUGAAGGACUGGAGUACCAAGAUCUUGAUGCCUACCUGAAGGCCAACUUCACCGAGCUGGUCACCUUCAAGGCUGUGCAUGAUCUCGGCAAUGACAAGAAUGGCUCGCCAUCUGCAACACUGGUCGUGACCAAAGACAAAGUGCAUGUCAACAUGCCUCUCUUUGGCCCUGAUCUCCUGCAUGCCCCGCCGGAGAAUGAGCAGUCGUUCAAGGCAGUGGGGCGAGGCCUGCUGCAGGGUCUGAGCAUGCUGCACUCAAAGGGGCUGCGCCACCGAGAUCCGCGGGCACCCAAUGUGGUCUGGCAGCACCCUGUCCGGCGCGAUGCGGUCAUCUUGGUAGAUCUUGAUUUGGCGUGCCGCAGCAGCGCAGAAUUGCCUGAGGAUUUCAGGUUGGCUGACUGGGACGAGGGCACACUGGACGGCACGCGCCACUACACAGCUGCGAGUGAUGUGUACCAAGCAGGCAAAUUGCUGCAAGCCCUUGCAGCUGACAAGUCCUGGGCUGGAUCCGCCAAGCAGUUCUGUGAUGAUCUCCUUAGUAAGCAACUCACAGCUGUCGAUGCGUUGCGGCAUAGCUACUUGGCCUAG